UGAGGCACCGUGCCGCUGCUUCCCUUGCGGCCGGGACCCCCCGCCCGCGUCUCGCGUCUCGCAUCUCUUGGGCUCGGCUCGCCCCGUCCCCGGUUCGCCGCUUUCCUUGCGCCUCUCUCGGCGCCUCUCUGCUUCCGCCGGUACCCUGCUUCCGCCCGGCGCGGAGGCCGCCGCCAUUUUGUGUUGAGAGGAGGCGGCGGGGCUGACGGCGGCGGUGCGGAAGGAGGCUUUACUCCGCCAGGCAGGAGAAGGAGGACGAGUGUACUGAAAUAUGUUUUUACCAAGAGCUGUUAAAGUCAAGAGAACUGCUGAUGAGGACAAAAGUUGUAACUCUAAGAAACAUAAAUUGUCUUCUGGAGGAUCUUGGCCAGAGGAGACCACUGAGUGUAAAGACUCAGUGGAGUCAGUUGCAACAGGAACUUCUGCUUCAAGAUGCGAUUUGAAUGAAGUUGUACAAGAACACACAGGACCUGUAGCUGGAGAUCUUGGUGUUGCUAACACAACUUUGGGAAAGGACAACCAAAAUACUGAUGAAGAUAAUUCUUCAGAAGAACCCAUAAAAUCUUUCAGCAAAUCCCAGCGCUGGGCAGAACCUGGAGAACCUGUAUGUGUUGUUUGUGGUCGAUACGGAGAGUAUAUCUGCGAUAAAACAGAUGAAGAUGUUUGUAGCUUGGAAUGUAAAGCCAAACACCUUCUACAAGCUCAAGAAAAGGGAAAAAAGCUACAAUCUGAUCAACUCACAAAAUCAGAAUCUCAGGCAGAAACUCACUUGCUUAAUACACCGUAUUUCUACAAAGAUCAUUCCUUUAUUUUGAGUUUGCGUGAUGAGCAGAUUGAGAACCUUAGAAUCCAGCUAGGUAUUGCUGUCCAGGGCCAGGAAGUUCCAAGACCUGUUAUGGAGUUUGAACACUGCAGCUUUCCUGAAACUUUAAACCAUAAUUUAAAGAAUUCUGGCUAUGAAGUCCCAACUCCCAUCCAAAUGCAAAUGAUCCCUGUUGGACUGUUAGGGAGGGAUAUCAUGGCUAGUGCAGACACAGGCUCAGGAAAAACAGCAGCCUUUCUACUCCCUGUUAUUAUGAAGGUUUUGAAUGAGACAGAGACUCCAUCUGCCCUUAUUUUGGCACCAACAAGGGAAUUGGCAAUUCAGAUAGAGAGACAAGCUAAAGAACUGAUGGCUGGCUUACCAAACAUGAGAACAGUUCUCUUGGUAGGGGGUUUACCACUGCCACCACAGCUUCACCGUCUCAAACAAAGUGUUAAGGUUAUAAUAGCAACACCUGGAAGACUUCUUGAGAUUAUAAAACAAAGUUCUGUUCAGCUGCAUGGCAUAAAAAUUGUAGUGGUGGAUGAAGUGGAUACCAUGUUAAAAAUGGGUUUUCAGCAGCAAGUGUUGGAUAUUUUGGAAGACAUCUCUCAUGAUCAUCAAACCAUACUGGUGUCAGCCACAAUUCCAGUGAGCAUUGAACACUUAGCAAAUCAGCUUCUGCACAAUUUUGUAAGAAUAACGAUUGGAGAAAAGAAUCUGCCCUGUUCCAAUGUCCGCCAGAUUAUCUUGUGGGUAGAGGAACCAUCAAAAAAGAAAAAACUGUUUGAAAUACUAAAUGAUAAGAAACUCUUCAAGCCUCCAGUGUUGGUAUUUGUGGAUUGUAAACUAGGAGCAGAUCUAUUGAGUGAUGCUGUUCAUAAGAUUACAGGAUUACAAUGUACAGCUAUGCAUUCUGAAAAGUCUCAGGUGGAAAGAACAGACAUAUUACAGGGAUUACUUCAAGAGAAGUAUGAAGUUAUAGUAAGUACUGGAAUCCUUGGACGAGGGCUUGACCUUGUCAAUGUCAAACUGGUAGUAAAUUUUGAUAUGCCUUCAAGUAUGGAUGAAUAUGUACAUCAGGUUGGAAGAGCAGGGAGGUUGGGUCACAGUGGAACUGCAAUUACUUUUAUCAAUAACAACAGCAAGAAGCUCUUUUGGGAUGUUGUGAAGAGAGUGAAACCAACAGGCACUAUCCUUCCCCCACAGCUGCUUAAUUCCCCAUAUCUUCAUGAUCAAAAGAGAAGGGAACAACAGAGACUUAAACACUCAGAGAAUAGCCUUGUAACAGGAGAUAAUAUUAUGGACAUUAUUAGAAAACAUGACAAAAAUAAUUCUCAGAGGUAAUAAAGAUAUAUUUAUGGUAGUGUAAUUAUAAUGAAUAUGUGAUUAAAAUAAACAUGGAAUUAUGA